AUGAAUAAGCAUGGAUCUCGCUCUACUACCUCUUUGCCUCCGGACCCCACUGAGAUCGUCAGGAGCAAGGCCUGCUCCCGAAGGGUCAAGCUCAACGUGGGGGGGCUGGCCCACGAGGUUCUCUGGCGGACCUUGGACAGGUUGCCGCGGACCAGGCUGGGUAAGCUCAGAGACUGCAACACACACGACUCCCUCAUGGAGAUCUGUGAUGACUACAACCUGGAGGAGAACGAGUACUUCUUCGACAGGCAUCCCGGGGCAUUCACCUCAAUCUUGAACUUCUACCGUACUGGCAAGCUGCACAUGAUGGAGGAGAUGUGCGCCUUGUCCUUCAGCCAGGAGCUGGACUACUGGGGGGUGGACGAGAUCUACCUGGAGUCCUGCUGCCAGGCCCGCUACCACCAGAAGAAGGAGCAGAUGAACGAGGAGCUGAAGAGAGAAGCUGAGACCCUGAGGGAAAGGGAAGGGGAGGAAUUCGAUAACACUUGCUGUGCUGAGAAAAGGAAAAAGCUCUGGGACCUCCUGGAGAAGCCCAACUCCUCCGUAGCGGCCAAGAUUUUGGCAAUCAUUUCCAUCAUGUUUAUUGUACUAUCUACAAUUGCCUUGUCCCUUAACACACUUCCUGAACUACAAGGCAUGGAUGAAUUUGGGCAGACCACAGAUAACCCCCAGCUUGCCCACGUGGAAGCAGUGUGCAUUGCAUGGUUUACAAUGGAAUACCUCCUGCGGUUCCUCUCCUCGCCUAAGAAGUGGAAGUUUUUCAAAGGCCCCCUGAAUGCUAUAGAUUUGCUGGCUAUCUUACCCUACUAUGUCACUAUCUUCCUCACUGAAUCCAAUAAAAGUGUACUUCAGUUCCAAAAUGUACGACGAGUGGUCCAAAUAUUUCGGAUUAUGAGGAUACUCCGGAUUCUAAAGCUCGCCCGGCACUCAACGGGUUUACAGUCCUUGGGGUUUACACUCAGGAGAAGUUACAAUGAGCUUGGAUUACUCAUCUUGUUUUUGGCCAUGGGCAUUAUGAUCUUUUCCAGUUUAGUGUUUUUUGCAGAAAAGGAUGAGGAUGAUACAAAAUUCAAGAGCAUCCCAGCUUCCUUCUGGUGGGCAACAAUCACCAUGACAACAGUAGGCUACGGAGACAUCUACCCCAAAACUCUUUUAGGUAAAAUAGUAGGAGGACUGUGCUGCAUUGCUGGUGUGCUGGUGAUUGCUCUUCCCAUCCCAAUUAUUGUCAAUAACUUCUCUGAGUUUUACAAAGAGCAGAAGAGGCAGGAGAAAGCCAUUAAGCGCAGGGAAGCUCUUGAAAGAGCAAAAAGGAAUGGUAGUAUUGUUUCCAUGAACAUGAAGGAUGCUUUUGCCCGCAGCAUAGAACUCAUGGACAUUGUGGUUGAAAAGAAUGGAGAAAGCAUAACCAAAAAGGAUAAAGUUCAGGACAAUCAUUUAUCUCCCAGCAAAUGGAAAUGGACCAAGAGAACCCUUUCUGAAACUAGCUCUAGUAAAUCUUUUGAAACUAAGGAACCAGGAUCCCCAGAAAAAGCCAGGUCAUCUUCAAGUCCCCAGCACUUGAACGUCCAACAGCUUGAGGACAUGUACAACAAAAUGGCAAAGACUCAGUCCCAGCCAAACCUUAACACUAAAGAGUCGAGUCAACCUGGAAGGCAAAAGGAAGAGCUAGAAAUGGAAACCCUUCCCGGCCCUAUGGUGCCCCUGCUGACAACCCGCACUGAUGGGAUCGUUGACAUGAGGAGCAUGUCCAGCAUCGACAGCUUCAUAAGCUGUGCGGCAGAGUUCCCUGACUCCGGGCGGUUCUCCCACAGCCCGCUCACCACCCUGCCCUGCAAGGGCGGCAUCAACGUCAUCCAGGAGCAGAGCAGGCCAGAGGGGAGCGGUGCCAAGUAUGUGGAAAUGAACCCGAGCUCCGAAGGCAGCCACCGUUCUGCUUUUUUCAUUGAAAGCCCCAAAAGCUCCAUAAAGGCCAGUAACCCUUUAAAACUAAGAUCUCUGAAAGUCAACUUCAUGGAAGAGGACACCAGCACAUUAGUACCAGCAUCAAAUGUACUGAGGAUAUAUCCAGACUCUCUCAAGAGCCGGGGAGCUGCUGCUGCCACAGAUACUUCCUUACUCUCUGACAGAUCUCUCAUGAGCCCAGAACCCUCAAUCUACACAACUGCGAGUGCGAGAACCCCCCCAAAGUCACCGGAGUCACAGGCAGCCAUAGCUUUCAACUUCCAUGAUGCUGGUAUACACAAAUAUAUAGACGCUGACACUGAUGACGAAGGUCAGCUGAUGUACGAUUCAAGUCCGCCCGGAAAUGUGAGUCCCAAGUACAAUGUUACAAACAGUGGCUAUCUAAAGCAAAAGGACCAUGUUUAUAGAACAGAGAAGAACCAUCUAGAAGCUGCUGCUUUACCCACCUCCCCUAAGCUGAUAGGGCAGAACUGCAUUUACUCUAUGGAAGGUAUCACUGGAAGAACCCAGGGCAAUCAGGAGACUGUCAGACUAGAAAAUCACAUUUCCCCAGAAGUCCAUGUAUUACCAGGCAGUGGAGGACAUGCUAACACACAUGAUCAAAGCAUCUGAGGUGGGCUCCAAAAGAACUUACUGAAAGUUUAAAGGAAUGUCUUUACAGUCAACACAAACAAAAGAGCUUCUGCAUGGCAUGAACUUGGCUGAAACAAGCCACUUGUUUCUAAAAGUCUGGGGGAGGUCCAGUGUGGGUUUGUGAAAAUGUCCUUCUCUGAAACAACUCUAAAGACAUUGCCCACAUCAGUCAAAAAUAAGGAUUGCAAAUCAUGAUCACACAUUGAUCUCCUUUCAUGUUGUCCAGUGAAGCCAAUGUGACCAAAUAUCCAUCCAUUCCCCUUGAACGCUAGAGCUCCUUUUGGAAAUAUUAACAUCUGAUUUGCGUUAGUUCCAUAAAGGAUGCCAAGGCAGCCAGAUUUGAACUCUGGAAUAAAUUGCUGGGGUUGGUAUAAAGCUUUCAAAAACACAAUGCUCACUGCUUCAGGGCAGCUGUUCCCCAUCUACAGCUUUCUCUGAUGGAUAUUAUGUCUGAAGGUAACAGGGAACACUUGCAUUAUUGGAAAAUCCGAGUGAAAACCAUUUAAAACAAAUAAUGGUCUAGAGAAACCAAUUAUUAAAAUGCUCUCUGUGUGUUUAACAAUCCGAUAUCCUGUAGGACCUGAUGUUUUCUUUUGAAAUAUCAGCAGGGUGAGUUGCACCACUUGUAUCUAAUCCCAAACAUCCCCUAGGACAUAGUGAAACUUGCACUGACCCUCUGCUAAAAGCCGGUACCUGCCCCAGGGCCAGCGCGUGGCCCUCGGGGGCCCACAGCCCACGUGGGAAGGUGUGAAGGAGCCAUGCAGAAGCAGGACUCUCCAGGGGCACCGCAGCCAGACCCCCUUCCCGGUGCCGGGGAGCGCAGGGCUGGAAGGAGAGCUCGGCUCUCGCCCUCGGUGGGGAGGGAGAUGUGGCUGCGCUGCCCGCGGGGACGGUGAGCGUGGCCGGACCCCCGGUACGUGCCGGGGGCACCGGGACGGCUGCCUGGCCCCCCCUUCCAGCCCGCCCGCCGACUCCAGGCGCCAGCCAGAGUCUCGCCCUUGGCGUAGGAGAGGAACAGGUUGGUCCGAAGCUUUUUGCGCCCAAGCAGCGCAGUGAAAGAUAUGCAAGUGUUACAUAAAUAUGCAAAAAGAGGGAUUUGUUAGUGACCCGUCCCGGGCCUGGCUGUGCUCCCUCUCGCCAGGAGGUUGGACAGGAGAGGCUCCUGCAGAGCCAUGGCAUGAAGGAGCUGCGAGAGGCAGGAGAGUCAGGCCUGACGUUUUAAUAGCAUCCAGUCAUUUUUAAGUGAAACGAGAAAAAAAAAAAAAAAGAGAAAAAAAAAAAAAAGAUCUGACCAUUUUAAGUGAACAGAACUAGCAGCCACCAGCCUAGGUUUUUAAAAUAUUAUUGUUUCAAUAAAGUUAUGUCAAAUUGUGUAGGAAAUAAUUUGUCUUUGGUUUUUAAUCUUGGGGGGGAAAAGCACUUUACGUUGACUUUUUGUUGUCGUUGUUGCAAUGCUGGAGUAGGAUAGCAGAGUGUAACAAUCAAGCACUUUAACCAAGCACUACUUUAAUUUGUGCCUCCUGUUGUGACUGUGAUUUGUUACACGCCUGUAGCAAGUCACAACCUGUCCUGUGAUAACUGUGAUGGUAACCUUUUCUGUUGUUCUCUGUUUCUACUGUAAAACUCAACUGUAAAUAACUGUCGACGAGCGUUUCCUGACCUAUUCCGAGCUCUGCCGGGGCGUGUAGCGAUCUGCAGGCAGCAGGUCCGGGGACGAGCUGAGACACGGGACGCGGGAGCGGAGGCACAGGUGGGAGGAAGACCCCCCCCAAGCCGCUCGAGUCCGCUGCGUUUUGUUCCUUCCUAUUGCAAAACCAAGCCGUUGGUUAGUCCUGAAUGUACCGUCUGUCCGUCCAGGCCGUGCCGCACUCCUGUCUGUAACCCUAGUGGUGAAUGCAGCAUGUACGGACAAAAGCAAUAAGCACAUACCUGUUUUAGCAACUACCGUGGGUUGCGGUGAGAGCUUUGUUAGGUGUCUCCUCGGCACAAACUGUACACACGGUGGAGUGACUCUGCUCUGCUCAGCCCACCCCGGCCCCGGGCGGUGGGACCAGCCCAGGGACCCGCUCAGAGCCGCCCUUGCAAGGCGAGACCCCCGGGAAGGCGCGAGAGUAAGACCUGAGCCACCCCCUCAGGAAUUACCCGCCCGCAGCGAGAGA